UUGAUAACUUGUGAAGUCUUUUGAGUUCUGUAAUUCAGUCUGUAUUAAAACUUCCUGCACAAAUGACACUGCAGCACUGUGCUGUGAACGUGAAUGUGACCGUCUGUGACUGUGCUGCAAUGCAAUAGCGGCUGUGAUUGUGAUGUCUGAUAAUGAUACCCUAUUGUUGAUGCAUUAUGGCUUUGUAUCAACACCAUGAAGUUGUUCCCAUGGAUAUCGAUGUGACUGAUGACAACAGUUCAUUGAAGAUGGCGACCGCGUCGCCUGACCCACUACAAAAAUUGUGCCUUGAGUAUGUGGCUAGGAACUUAACAAAAUUCUGCUGUGAGUAUGUAUCAUUGGAAGGAGAUCAUACCGAACCCAAACUCUGCCUGAAAUCAUCAGAGAUCAAACUACAUCGUGAUCUGGCUGAACAGCUUCUAAGAACAUUAAGUGAGGCACGCCAACUGAAGGAUUAUACACUGAGCCUAUUUGCCAAUCAGAAUCUUGUGUCCAUUCGGAAGGCGUGUCUGCGAUAUGCAACGCUCACCUCUCGAGGGCUACGCGCUCUCUCUGGUCACCAGCUCACCGAACUUGAUGCGGCGGGCGUGCGGAAUGUCAACGUUAAUGAUAUCAUCGGAGCUCUGGGAGAGUGGACUAGGAGAAACCUCAGGUCGUUGAACGUCAGCAAUUGUACUUUUAUGAACAACUCCAAGUUCUGCAUAGUGAUUUCACUUCCACAACUCAGGCUGUUGCGCCACCUCAAUGUCAGCUAUACAGAGUUUGGUAACAACCUUGGAUUAGAGUGGGUUGCCGAAGGUUUGACUCAUCUGGAGAGCUUAGACAUCUCGGGUACCCUGGUCUACAAUAUAGCACCGUUGACAAGACUCAAACAGUUGAAAUCGCUGUCUAUGUUUCACACGAGGGUUGCAGAGAAGGACAUCCCAUCGACAGUGGCUCAGCUUCCUGAGCUGAGACAUCUUGAUAUCUCGCAAGACAUGCACCCUGUACCGGACAGUGCGCACGAGACGGGUAUCAAUGUACUCUUAAAUGCUGACGACUCUGUUCCAAACCUCAUUUCCCUUGAUAUCUCAGGUAGGGAUAACAUCAGGGAUGAAGCACUCUGGCAUUUUGUGUCAAGGAGACCCAGGUUAAAGUUCCUUGGACUGACUCAGACGCAAGGUGUUGUCAAAGAUAGACAGUCGUCAAUAGAGAUGUGUUACGAGGCCUAUCUCUCGGACGAAAGGCAUGUUAACUUCAGACCGGAACUCAAGGUGUCUGGCUAUGCAACAGAAAGUCAAGUACUAGAGGGGCUACAGAGAUACACUGAGCGCUCCCACUAUGUUCAUAAGUUGUUGUGUUUCCUCUUCAAUAUGACCCAGUUCUUGGAGAAACCCAGACCAGACAUUGUCAAGAUUAUACUGCCACAGAUGAGAGCUCAUCCAAGGAUUCUAGGAGUUCAGAUGGCUGCAAGUGCUUGCCUUUACAACCUGACAAAGCAUCAGCUUGGGGAAGGUGUCCAUGUGUCAGUUCUUAGUACGAUGGUUGGACUAGUACUGGAUGCUAUGGAGACAUUCUACAGUCAACAACAGCUUCAAAAGAAUGUGCUAUUGACUCUAUGCAGUGACAGAAUACUUCAGGAUGUGAACUUUGAUCGUUAUCGUGCAUCUAAGAUGGUAAUGGAUUGCCUGUUUGUGUUUGAUGAUCCGUCGAUGACGAGAAUGUCCGUCGCGAUCUGCUCUAUCCUUGCUGCCAAGAUCUCCACUGUCCAGACUACUCUGCUGGGAACCAAAAGAAACAUGCAGAAACUUCUUCAGAUCGUACGCCAGAAAGCGGACAUCCGCUCGGUAGACAUCACACUCAAGUUCACCCUGAGCGCACUCUGGAAUCUCACCGAUGAAUCACCACCCACCUGUACAAUCUUUGACAAUGAGGGCGGGCUUGAUCUCUUCAUAGACAUUCUGGAGAUCUUUCCUGAUGAAUCUACACUCCAGACAAAAGUUCUUGGGCUUAUUAAUAACAUUGCAGAGGUAAAGACAUUACGGGAUAACUUAAAAAGAGAAGACUUCCUCAAACACUGCAAACGACUGCUAGAGAAUGAUCAGAUUGAAGUGAGCUACUUUGCUGCCGGGAUAGUUGCCCAUCUAUUGAAGGAUGGUGAAGACACAUGGGCCUCUAAACCUCAUCUCAGAGAAGAGUUUCAGCAGUCAUUGCAUAACAGCAUCUUGAAGUGGAAGAACCCUGCCGGAGAGAUGGUAGCCUACCGGUCUUUCAGUCCAUUCUUUCCUCUCUUGAAAUGCUAUGAGAUCCCUGAAGUACAGCUCUGGUCGGUGUGGGCAAUGCAACAUGUCUGCACGAAGAAUGCGAGUCGCUACUGCCCCAUGUUGGUGACCCAGGGCGGCGUGGACCUUCUGAGUGAGAUGGUAGCGCAACCCCACCUCCAUCCCGACGUCCAUAGAGUCGCUACGGGAGUCCUGGAGGUGGUGCGACAGAACAGAAUAGCCGUGGCCAGUCCCUGCGAGAUCAAGAAGAAAUGAACCUACCAAAUGUCUUUCAUCAAUGGCUUAUGUCUUAUUAGCACUGUGUGCGCAGCAGUCUCCUGCCAGUCAACCAGCCAGCCAGCCGUGGAUUUUAACCAUCGUUCUCUUGGUUUUUCAAACGCAACGUUUGAAGGAGAAAGAUGAUUUUUAUGAUUGCUCUAAAAGUACUAAGACGUGGUUUGGAGGAAGUGAAGUUUUAAUUGCAAUGCUAAUAGAUCAAUUAAAUGUUUAUUGAGGAAGAUACAGUCCUCUUUUUCGCAAAUGUGAUGCAAUGAUGAUGUUUGAGUACCUAUGCUGUAUCUGAAGAGUUGAUGUAGCUUUUCAGGAAUCGAGCAUUGACCAUGAUAUAUUAAUGUUCUGUAAAUCAGUAGGAUAAAUGUCCAUACUAACAAUAGUUCAUACUUGCCCGUGCAUUGGAUUUUAGAAAAAAACGGAUCCCUUUCCUGAUGUAAUUAUUUCAUCCCAUUUUCACACUUGGAAAAUAUAAAGUUGAUUCGAACUUGGUUUAGAACAUAUACAUACUGUAUACAUUUUCAAAAGGAUACUAGUGCACCUACAUGAUUAAAUUCUCCUUUUGAAAAAUGAUACUCCUCUACACCUUUCAGAAUGUACAUGAACAUGGAGAUAUGUAUGCAUAAUGUAUAAUGACCUCUGUCUCCCUUCUCUUCAAUAGGUGGCCUCCUAAGUUAUUUAUUGUUAGUUGGUCAUUAAUGCAUAUUAGAUGUAAUUGUAAAGUGAAAUAAAAAAAAUUAAGGGAGGUAUUUUACCGCUAGAAAAUUGCCACUCUCCACCCAGGUGUAGUAAAUGGGUACCUGUAGGAAGAAAUUCUUAAAUGUAUGUUUUUGUUUUUACCUUAUCAAGGUAGCCAUGCUCAAGCCAGGGGACAUUUGUAUUAAGCACUAUAGAAAUGUCACGUAUUGUAAUUAUUAUUAAUACAUUAAGGAUUCCUGUAUAUCUUUGGGUUUAUCUUUUGUAUUAUCGGCAAUAGUACAUGUAUUAAUUGAGCAAACUCCUUGAUUUCUAAACCUCUUGUGCAUUCUUUCCUGUGUUGUGUAUAACAUACACAACAAUUAUAGGUGAAUUUUCAGAACAGACUUUGUAUGUAUCAACAACUGAGGAAAUAAGAACUAGCAUUGCGUGCUGGAUUCUUGCAUGAAAUUAGAAAAUAGAUACAUGUGAAUUCUUCUCCUUCAAAGUGAUUAUGUUAGAAUGAAGGUAAUUCCAUUGAGUAGAUAUCAAUAGAAAUGAAGACAAUAUAUAUAUACAAGUCUUAAUGCUUAUGAUCCAUACACAUGUUAUUAAUUUCUUCACUGUGGUCAUCCGAUUGAAAAACGCCCUUCCUUGAACACCCUACGAUUUCCUGUAUGAAUGUGAAGUUUGAAGUUAGCAGGGCUACAUAAGCACUUGCCCGAUUGCCCGGGGCGAGUAAAAGUUAGAGUCGGGCAAGUGUUUUGAAGUAAA